CUGUUGACAAAUUAUCUCCAGACAUGGUGAACAGAGCAAAACUCUUGUACAAGACAGCAUUAGAGCAUUGCGUACAAAUGGUUUGUUGGGACCAGAAUAAAUCUCUACCCAGCACUCUGCAUGACAUAAAGUGCCAUGAAGAUACAUUUGUCACCAUGUUAUUUAAUGAUGAAGUACACACAUAUGAAGAGGUCAUCUUAACACUGACAGAUGCCAUACCGCAAUGUGACCGAGAGAUGGCUUUAGCAUAUGCCAACGUAGUGGAUAGAGAGGGCCGUUCACCAGUUAGAGUUGGCCAAAAAGAAAUAUGUGAAACCUCAAGAAAUGUAAUAGAGAGAGGAACUUCUAGUCCUGGUCGUUCUCCUCUUAAAUGCAGAGUAAUGCAUCACAAAGUUGUUGCACACCAGUUAUUUGUGUUGCGCCUCUUGGGAUGGAUUAACAAAAUCACCUCACAUUCAGAUGGUCUAAGACGAUUACUGUGUGAAAUUGUUGUGGAGACACAAUCUAAUCAAGAAUGCUUGCUGGACAAAGUAUUCCAAGAAGAUGCAAAACUAUGGAAAACUGCAAGAACAAACACUCACAAAGUCUUUAUGAAUUCAAUGCUGUUGGAUUCUGAAGGAAAGAAAUUGUUUGCAAUACACUUCACUAAGAAUUAUAAGAAAUUAAUGACUGAAUUUGUAGCAGAUGACCAUGAGCAUUCUGUAUCUGCCACAUCGUUUUCAGUUCAAAUAUUCACUGUACCAACACUGGCGAGGAUGCUUGUACUUGAACAUGAUAUCUUGAUUGUCAUCCUCAAGACAUUCAUGGAAGAACUAGAAUCCAAAAGAAAUGGCAACAGUGGCACUUAUGAGUUCCAUGGACCAUUUCAACCAUUAGGCCGUGCGCAGUAUGUCUUACUGGACCUCAAAUACGUCCUUCAGCACAGACCUAUCGCCUGGACUGAUGAUCUUCGUCAGAAGUUUUUUAAUUUCCUAGAAUUGUUUUUUACUCUUCUAAAGAAUAUGCAGGGCAUGGAUAUGGUAACCAGAAAGGUAGGGCAGCACAUUGAAUCAGAUCCAGAAUGGGAAUCGGCAUUUACUCUUCAGCUACGUAUGAUACCUGUUCUCUCUAUGGUCAGGGAUUGGUGCGUCAGUGAUUCAGAGGUGUUUAGAACUGCUGUCAGAGAUGCCACCCUUGCUUUGCUUGAGACCAAAAAUAAGUAUCAAGAAUACCAACUGAAAGAAGUAAAAGUUGCUCACAAGUCAUUUAAAGUAAUCAAGUAUGAUGUCUCCAAGCAGCCAGUUUCAAUCCAUUUACCAGUCUCCAGAUUCUUGGCAGGUCUUUUACUGGGAUGUCAUAAACAUGAUGGCAAAUUUGAUGAACUCUUUAGUUUUGAGUCUAAGGAUGAUGGACUUAAACUUUUCCUCAUGGAGUAUUCAUUACGUGCACUUGUUAUGGUGGCCCAGGUGCAUGCUGGGACGUGGAGAAGAAAUGGAUAUGCAAUUAUGAACCAGGUGUUCCAUUAUCAGAAUAUCAAGUGUCGAACAGAGAUGUAUGACAAAGAUAUAAUCAUGAUGCAGACCUCUGCUGCAUACAUGGACAGCGAUCACUUCCUGGUCAAUCUGAUGGAUAAGUUUGGUGUUCUAGAAUGGGCGCAGCCAACAUUUGACGAAUCAAAAGUUGAUGGGGAUAAAAUAAAUCACAAGCUUGUAGUUGCAGAAGAGUGGCUUUCUCUCAUAAUUGCAAUCAUAGGUGAACGAUAUAUCCCAGGUAUUGGUAAAGUGACCUCAGAUGAUUUCUUCCGCCGAGAGAUUAUCCAUAAUUUGUGCAUUAAACCUAUGGCGCACAGUGAACUGGUCAAAGCCCUGCCACUGCCGGAUUUUGUGGUUGAGAAUGAACAUAGUGUUGAUCACAUCAUAUCAUCUGUAGCCACUUUCAAAAAACCGGGUGUGACUGGGCGUGGUCUGUACGAGUUAAAGGAGGAAUACUACAAGGAGUACAACCCAUUCUUCUAUCACUACAGUAGGAUUGAGCAAUCCAAGGCAGAAGAACAGCACAGAAAGAGAAUGAAGAAGAACAAGAAUCUUGGUGCAUGCCCUCCACUUCUGCCGCCAGAGUUUUGUCAUACAUUUGCUAACAUUCUUAACCUGCUGAGCUCCAAGGUGUUGAUCAGGACUUUAGGUACCAUCAUAACUAGAGCAGCUACAGGAACAUCAAAAACAGUCAAUCAUACCCAUAUACAACAGGCACUUCAUCUGAUAUGCUUAGGACUCCUGGAAGCUCAAAGACACAGGGAAAGUGGACAGCAAUCUACCAAAUUUGGCUUUAUUGAAUUAGCAACAACAAAAAUUAAAUAUGGACCGCAAGAAACCCUUUUGAAGCUGUUAGAAGGUCUCCAUGACAACCCGCAUUUACAGGAGCAUGCGUCUUUGGUUGAGUGGAUCUUGAAGAAAUUCCAUACUGAGCUAGAUGCACUAGAAGAGAGAGAUUCAGAGCAGAGGCUGUCGGCGAGACUAUCCAAGAAAGAAUCCACCACUCUAGUAGAAGAUGAAAAGGCAAGGAAAGCUCGUCUGGCACAAGAAAAGCGUAACAAAAUCAUGGCUCAGAUGUCUGCAUUACAAAAAGCCUUCAUUAGGGAGAACGCUGAGUUACUGGCAUCAAUGGAAACUGAUCGUUCAAUAGAUAAUAACACUACUCACACUGAUAGUGCAUCAUCAUCCAGCACAAGUUUUCCAGUAGUACUGGGACAUCACCGUAACUACAAAGAUCCCAAAGCCAAUCGUUUCCCAUUAGAACCUUGUAUUCUCUGCCAAGAACAACAGGAAGUCAGCACAGAGGGCCGAGCGAUUGUCAUGGCUGCAUUUGUACAACGCUCAACUGUGCUCUCCAAGGCACGAGGCAAGAUGUUUGAAAAUGGAGAAGAGUUUGAUCCUCUUUACCCCCCAGCGGACAUGUUCUGGGGUCUUCAUACUAGUAGUUGUGGUCAUAUAAUGCACAGUGAUUGCUGGCAAGGGUUCUUUGAUUCGGUGAUUGCUAAGGAAAGGAGAGCUCUAAGACUAAGGCAGUUCAUCAGUGUUGAUGUGAACCGAAGAGAGUUUCUCUGUCCUCUGUGUGGAUGUAUCUGUAACACAGUACUUCCUAUUAUUCCUUCAUUGGCAUCUGAAAAACAUGAAAGCCCCGUAGAUGAGGUAACACUACAGGAAUACCUCAGUAGCAUGCAGGAUGUUGUCAUGUCAAACCUUGCUACCUUCACAACUCAGCCAGAGGAAGAAGUGAAAAAAGAACAAGUCAACCCACCAUCUUUUACAGAAAAAUUUCAAGCUUUUAUUCAAGCUUUCACUCGACCUGGCUCCAAGUUUUCUGCCACACUUAAAGACAUGAUGAAAGUCUUUUCUGAGGCUGCAUUUACUGUUGGUUUAGGGGUUGAUCCAAAUGAAGAAGAUGUGCGUGUUCCUGUCAUGAUGUGGACUGCCUGUGCCUAUACCAUACAAAGCGGAGAAAGUGCUAUGAGAGCAGAGAACAAGCCUCUUUUUCAUGGUUUAACGUCAAGGCAGUCACAAUGCAUAGGAGCUUUAACAAGACUUGCUGCUGUUACUACAGGAACAUCUGAUUCAAAGACAAUAAAGAAACACUGUCUAAAAUUGUUAGCAGUUUUGACACCAGAUACAAUACCAAAUGAAGAAAGCCCAUCUUUAUUGGAUUUGGAUAUCUUCAGUCUCAUGAUCAAAUUACGUUUGUCCAUGCCGAGUCUACAGUACCAGGAAAGUCAGAAAGGGAAGCCCCAACAGGCUGGCAACACCUCACCGGGAUCUUCCAUGAACACAGUGCUUGGCCUUGAAAACUCUUCAUCAAUGGAUAUCUGUUCUUUCCAGAUGUGUUUUGCUGCUCAUCUUGUGAAGACCUUACUUACUACUUCUCCAGAGCUGGACUCUAACGAACAAGAAGAAGGUAGUUCUACUGAGCAAACAAGAGACAAUGAUGAAGCGAUGAAGAUGGCUUGGCUGUGGGGUAAACUGAGACACUGGGCAGGCCUACAGUCUUCUGCACCUCAUGUUGCUCCAUUAAAGCUACAGCAUCACGUUAAAACAAUGCUCCUACCAUUUCUUCGAUGUUCUGCAUUGUUUUUCCACUUUCUCACAGAAAUCCAAGGACCUUCUUGCUUGAAAGAGCCUUGUACCAGCCAAGAAGAGUGGGAUGCACUCUGUCACUAUCUAUCAGUUCCAAAGUGUCUAGUAGAUAUCUUACAGUGGAAUCAAGAUGCCCAUAAUAUUAGCUCAUCUGUGAUAUCCCUGGCUGCCAAAAGAUGGUGCAGCCAUGAUUUUGUCAAGAAAACCCUGGCACAUGCUGGUGUUGAACCAUUGGGGUAUUCUAUUACUCCAAACCACCUGUUGAAUCUCCCAAGAGACUACAGUGAGCUGAUCAACAGAGCUUCAUUAUUCACUUGUCCGAACUCUGAGGGUGAUGAAAGCCGUGCCCCUGUCUUGUGUUUGGUCUGUGGUGAGAUGCUGUGUUCCCAGAGUUACUGCUGUCAAACUGAAGUCAGCGGAGAUAAAGUUGGUGCAUGCGCAGCACAUGCCCAGCUCUGUGGUGCAGGGAUUGGCAUAUUCCUGCGCGUUCGUGAAUGUCAAAUGCUACUAAUGGCUAGUCGUACUAAAGGUAGCUUUUAUCCUGCUCCUUAUUUGGAUACAUAUGGAGAAACAGAUCACGGACUAAGGAGAGGAAACCCGCUUUAUUUGUGUCCUGAACGAUACAACAAGCUGCAAAAGCUGUGGUUGAAUCAUGGGAUUGCUGAAGAAGUUGCACACUCGUUGGAAUCCAAUAGAAACCUUCUCUCCAUUGAUUGGACGAUUCUGUAGCCUGUCUUUUGAUUGGACAGUUCUGUAACUUGAUGUUCAUUGGACAAUUUUGUAAUCUACGAUCCCUUUGCAUUCAAAAUGGAAUCUUCCGUAUUUGCAUGGGUGUAGUAGUUUCAGGAACCAUCUAGGACUCCCCUAGAGAAAAACGUGAAUUUGCAUAGUUACAGAUAUAUUGCAUACUUCCAGAAAUUAUCCAUACCUCCCACACAAAGAAGAGCUAAAAUUUCCAAGAGGUGUAGAUGGUCAAAGGAGGAUAUAUUGCAUAUUUCUAGUUCUUUCACAGUUUUAUCCAUAUCUCCUAAAAGCGGAGUGGAAUUGCCAUGAAAUUCAGAAAGUCUAAGUUCCAAUAUCCUGUUACUUUCUUUAUGAAUCUCCUCGGUACUGGCAUGGAUCAUUUCUGGGACUACUAGCCUGAAAUCAAAAACGAUAUAUAAAAGCCAAAUGGUAAAGCAUGAAAUAUGCAAGAAAGCGAUCACAGUUCGUCUAAGGAAAGGUGGCGUGCUGGUGUGAUGUAAUGCAAUUCUUGUGAAAAAAUAAAGGUCAAGUUAAGCAAA